AUGAAAUCUCUACUGAAAUCACAACCUUCUCUCCCAAUUCACAUUCCCGAACAUCGAACCAAUCUCACCCGUCCAAAACUCCCCUCUCUGAGAUUCGAUCGUAACCGUUGGAUUGGACGGAGAAAGUGUCGUUUGACUUUGACCGCUGUACUGGACUCUGGAACAAUUGAUCAAUUAGGGAUUCCGGAAUCCGAAAUCGUAAAUCCAGCUGUUGCUACUUCUUAUCGGAGCUUCAAGUUGCCGAAACCCAAUCAGACGGUGCUUGAUGCUCAAGCUAGGGUUUGCACUGGUCCCACCCAGACCAAGCCCCUCAGCGACGACCAGGCUUUUAAAGUUUUCGAUACCAUUUUAAGAUCCGCUAGAGGGAAAUUAAAAGAUGAAGAACAAGUUUCGAAAGCGCAACUUGGGGCAUUUUUUGCUGCCAUGACAAUUCGUGCGAAUAGCUUUCCAGAAGCAACCCAAUGGAGUGAAGGUGAGAAGCGUGCAAUGAGUGAUUUUUGGCCCCACCUAGUUCGAGCACUACCGCUGGAUGUAAUCUUCAUUGCCGAUCCUGAAGGCUCGAUAAUGGGAGCUGGAAGUUCGAUUGGGCCCCAAUUUGUUGGGAAUAGUACGAGUGAUAUGAGAUUGGUUGGUGCCCUUAGGGAGGUUUUGGCAGGUGGUCACCUUGGAUAUGAGGAAGUUCAAGGUGUUUUAAGAGAUGUUCUUCCUUUGAAACUUGAAGAUGACAAGUUUUCCGCUGGAGUUAGUGAGACCUUGCUUUCGGCAUUUUUGAUUGGCCAGCGUAUGAACAGAGAAACUGAUCGGGAGUUGAAAGCGUAUUGCCUUGCAUUUGAUGAUCAAUUUGGUCCUGCACCAGUGGCUGAUGUUAGAUCAUUAACUCAUUAUGGCGAACCUUAUGAUGGAAACACUCGAUACUUUAGGAGCACCCUGUUUGUUGCUGCGGUUAGAUCCUGUUAUGGUGAAUCUUCCUUGCUUCAUGGUGUGGAGUGGAUGCCACCUAAGGGAGGCAUAACAGAAGAACAGAUGCUGAAGUUUAUGGGAGCAAAUACAAGAUUGACUCCUUUGCAGGCUAAAGAACUUCUUGAGGAUGAGGAGCUUGGUUUUGCCUACGUAAGUCAACGUGAAGCUUGCCCAUCCCUAUAUUCAUUGAUCGGGUUGAGGGAGCACAUAAAGAAACGUCCGCCUUUGGCGACAACUGAAAAGGUUCAACAAUUUUUGAAGGCGCGGGGGAGAGAAGCAAUUGUUGCUGGAUUUUAUCAUGAAGGUUAUGAGGAGCCUCUUUUAAUGCUUAUGAAAAGAAGAGGUGUUCAUGCUGGUUUGGUGGUGAAGGGUGAGGAAGGGGCCCUCUCAAUGACAACAAAGUUGAAAUCUGCGAAUGCAUCAAAAGGACUUCCUGUGAACUAUUGUUCAGGGUUUCGUUCAUUGAGCAUGGUGUCCGCUUUUGAACUUGAUGGGGUGUCACGUCAGAAUUUCAAUACUGAAGUUAAUGCCAAGGACUUCGGUUUUGAACCCACUGAUACACCAAGAACUGAUAGAUCAGUUGCCAAGAAUAUAGAGCUGGGUUUAGCAGCUCUCGAUGGCCAGAAAGGACCAGCAUAUGAUCGAAUUAUCUUAAAUGCUGGAGUGGUCGAUCACCUGCUAGGAUGUGAUGGUGCAGAAGAUAUAUCCACUGCACUGGACAGAGCCAGGGAGGCCAUUGACAGUGGUAAAGCUCUUAAAAGGCUGUUAAAUUACAUAAAGGUCUCCCACAAAAUGAGGUGA